CAGCACCGCAAUCCGCGGGUGACCAUAACAAAACGUGCCGUGCUUGGGCAAACUCUCGUCACUCUACCUGUCAGGUACACUACACCUGUCGAUCGAGAAUCCAUAUCUAGACGACCGAUAGCGGAAUUUGAUGAGAGAAUUACACGACACAGACCCUGCGCCGUUGCUUUGAAUGUUAGUGGAAGAAAUUCUAGUGUUAUCGAGAGUUAUUCGGGUAGUGAGAAAAGGAAAAGAUGAAGGUCUUUGACAAAUCGGGUCACUGGAAGGAGAUGGUGAGGUGAUAAUUGUUUGUUUCCCUCGAGUGUCUCACGAAGAAGAGAGUUAUGGGUAAUAUGUUACCCUCGUAGUAUCGGUCUCAGUUUAAAAGAUGAAGAGUAUGACCAUCUCAUCGCUACUGUAAUCCUCCGAGGUCCGACGCCAUGCAUUUCUGGAUCGACAAACGCAACGUCUGUGGCCAGCGUCGUCUGUCUCAUCUCUGGCCCCCUCCGCCUUACUUGCCAAAACCUCGCCACACCCCUAUGGUCACCCCUGUCCACAGGUUUCAGCGCAUCGAGUCGAUGCAGUUCGACAAUCGCCGUCGAUCUGAAGGUGGGCGCGGCCGUUGCAAUCGUACUCGACGUGUUGGCUCUGUCACGAGAUCGACCCCUGACAGCGAAGACGAGAACAUCCGGACCUACCUGGCGGAUUCCGUUCCACAGACGGCAGCCUCCGGAGAAGAGGUCUGCCUUACCCGUUUAAAUGGCGCCUCUUCCACCAGUCGGUCCUCUCGACGAGUGUCAAUCUCAGAUAUCGAUCCGAGUGAGGUUUAUGAUUACACCAACACGCAACAGAACUUCAACCUUUUCCACAUGGGAAGUGUUAAUUGGUGCGUCUGGGCAGUUUUCAUCCUUGUCACCAUGCUUUUGGUUCCGGCCCACCUCUACCUGAAGAACUUUGACUACAGAGGGGAACUUCUCGGCAUUUUCUUCGUGAUCAUCCUUCUGUUCCUGGUCUGUUUCUCGGUGUCGCUCUUUCACACGAAGACCAGGGCUAUCCUCCUGCAUCGACUCAAUCUUGAGGACGAUGCCCGGAUAGGGUGCCACGAGGACGCCGAGAGGGGCUCCCCAUCACGCAGACGGCCCCUUUUCCCAGCGAGCGCCUUAGCCAGCAACAGACGAUCGCGUCAACAGGCUUAUCCACCCGUCCGUGUUUCUAUGUCAACACCGAACCUCAUCGUCAAUGGACAAUCAGCGAACUUUCACCCGAGAGACCGAGUCUCAAGGUCCCACUCUCAGGCCUCUCGAGGAAUCUUCAACGCCACGACAGACUCCUACGACGGAGACCUCAGAUCAGAAGCCUCUCCCUCCAGAGAAGCCAGCAGAGAUCCACCACCUUAUCACGUGGCUAUCCUUCUCCCCGCCCCCACGCAUAACCCCACAGUUAGAAACUGUGAAACACCCCCUCCUGCAUAUGAAAUUGUUCAGUGAUAUUUUGACAGUAUUUGCUCCGUAUAUAACUCUAAAAUGACGUACUUUAUUAAAGACUACUAAGAUGAGAUAACAUUGUUACGUAGAAAGCUUUUCUCAUAGUUCUUCAACUUAUCAUUAGCUGACCUGGAUGGGUCUUAGCAUUCAACAUAUUACCUUCAGGAAUUUGGUGAGCAUAAUGAGGCUAUAAUGGGCGAACUAUUUCAUUGUCGGUAUUCAGAACUUGACCUAUGUCAUAACUUUCCAAAUUGUUUGAGUAGUUGUGCCACAGAUUUUCCAGUGGAAUUAUUAAACCGCAGACAUGCUGCAUGACAUGAAUGCCUUCCAUGUCAUUUUACUGAAAUAAAAUUGGCAAAUUCGUUUGCUUUACACUUAGACUUAGCAAUAGAGAUUGAUGAUCUAACGUGAAUGCGUUGUUCGGUGGUGAAAAGAAAGUAGAGAUUUUCAUAUCUUCAUUUUGUUUUCCUGAUUUCUUUGUGUAAGAGAAGUAGAACUAAAUGUGCUGAAUUUUUACAAAAAUCUAAAAUCAUCUAAAGUAAAUAAAUUGAUAAUGGCUAUGAUUUUGCUCGCUGGAAAGCUGCUUGUCAAUUAUCAAGAGGAAUUUCCUCUGUAUACAUCAGAUAAAGGGUAUAAACUGUUAUGUAGAAGCGAAAUUUUUCUUAUGUUAAUUUUCUCUUUAAUCGUACUAAGCAAAGGCGUACAGCAAUGAGAUGAAUAUGGAAGUCUUUACAUACUAGAUAGCCUAUGAUAUACAUUCCGUUGCUGAACUUUUUUUUUUAGAUCACGUGUAAGUAGGACAUAAACACUAGAUUUUCAUGAUUUAGAGGGGUAAAAUGAAGUUUAUCAGAUUUGUCUAAAGUUAAUGAAAUAAAUAGGGCAUUCGAAUGAUAUUUUACGCUACUUGACGCACAAAAGGGAACUUACUAAAUGAUAGGAACAUUAUACAGACAGGUAUAAAAACGAGGUGUAAUUCUAUUGGAGAUUCAUGCUGUUGGCCUCACAAAGCAGCUGACCAUAUUGGCAGUCUGAAGACCGCAGAAAUAUCCGGUGUCGAGCUUCUCCGAACUACCUUUAUGUUCUCCUACAUAAUCACAGGAACUUUUUUUUUUUUAUAAACGGAACACUUUAAUUUGUCGAAAGAACACAGUUUGGGAGGUAAAUAUUCAGCGAUUUGAAUGAAGUUUCAAAUAUCUAACACGAAUCAGAUGUGUACCACCAAAUUUGAGUAAAAACACGACACAACGAAUCAAAACAUAUGGAAUAGGACACCAGGCAUUAAUCACAAGUGACGCUGAAGUCUAGGGAAAGUGAGUUAACACAUUCCAAAGCAGCGAAAUCAUCAGUCAGACAUUCAGAGUACCAAGUUUUCUUUUGUCCCUCAGGCACCAAGCGUCUAGCUCAAAGAAGUUUGUUGAACGUCAACAAAUUAAAAUGACUCGUACAAAGAUAAUUAUUGCUAUCUUCGGUCAUACAACUGUUGCAUUUGUUAAAAACCUAAUUCUGAUUUCUGCGUGCUCCCUCAUUGUUAAGUUUUAGCCGUUUUACUUCCCUUUGUAAAAGAACUCACCAUUCUGCCAACUGCUUUUCCCACUCCUUUAGGCCCUGUUUUUCUUUAUUCUUGGAAACUAAAGACACAUCAUACUCCAAGCAUUGUUUCCGUUUCUUUAAUGAAUACUACCAUUUUUCGACACUUAUUAUUACUGAAUGUUCUAUUUUAUGAUAUUUCUCUCAUUCGGUAUUGUUUGAACUUAAUAGGUUCCCUUACGUUCAGUAAAGGUCCUGCAAGUCAAGUCAUUAUAUUCUAGUAUUUUUAAGGAAUCUGUUUACGUAGCGGAACUAACAUAUGAGGCCCCAUUGACGAAAGACAAGUUUCCUGUUUAUUCUUGGAGGGAGUCUUGGAGGCGUUGUGGGACAUCCUUACAUUACUCUUCCGGUGACAGCGCUAAGGGCCCAUUGUUGACCUGUUCUAAGAACCAAUCCCCUUUCGUCCAUCUCCACUUCUUGUGGAUGCUCAGCGAAAAAUGAAUUAAUAAAUAGAUCAAUAAAUAAUAAAGUGUAGAUAACUUCAAAGGCGUCUACCACGUAAAUAUGUCUUCAGGUAAAAAUGUAGGAUGAGAAAUGUUAACAACAUAGAGCGUCGUAGUCUUUCAGCUUUACAAUCUAUUUGCAUAUUCACCUGUUUAUUGUAUAGGCUCCAAUAAAGAUACUCAUUACUA